GAUUAAUUCUCCACCAGAUUAUAAAUUUCUGUAUUUCAAUUACAUGUGUUUUGAGAUCAGUUAUGAGUACAAUUUGCUAAUUCCAUGGCAUACUUUACUGUGUCUUUGAUUAGGAGUUAAUCUAUUUAUCAAAGUUAUAUAAAUAGCUAAUGCGCAACUGAAUUUUUCGUUGGUGUAAUCUGUGAUAAUAAUACAACACUAAGGACCGAAGUAAAAUUAACGGUGAUGGGAAGAAUACCUAAAAUUGACAUCAAGUCAUACUCUAUCGAAGAAAAGAGGACUUUCAUUGGAUGAGAAGCGAGAGAAGAUGCUUCAGAUCUUCUAUGACUCCCAAGACUUCUACCUUCUCAAGGAACUUGAAAAAUUAGGCCCGAAGAAGGGUGUCAUAUCCCAAUCUGUUAAAGAUGUUAUACAAAGUCUAGUAGAUGAUGACCUUGUCUUCAAAGAUAAAAUAGGAACUUCUGUAUACUUUUGGAGCCUCCCUAGUUGCGCUGGGAAUCAGCUAAGGAAUGUGUAUCAAAAACUUGAAUUUGAUUUACGAGGCAGUAAGAAGCGGAUGACAGAACUUGUUGAGCAAUGUAAUGAUUUAAAGAAGGGCCGUGAAGACUCUGAUGAAAGAGAGGAAGCUUUGAGCAAGCUGAAAGCUGCUGAACAGAAACACAAGGAACUAAAGGAUGAAAUGGCCCAAUUUGCAGACAACGAUCCAGCUGCCUUCGAAGCUAUGAAAAGUGCUAUAGAAGUUGCCCAUGCAGCAGCUAACAGAUGGACAGAUAACACAUUCACACUGCAACAAUGGUGUUCAAAAAACUUUCCUAAUGCUAAAGAGCAGCUGGAGCACUUGUAUGAGGAGGUAGGAAUCAAUGAGGAUUUUGACUACUUGGAAUUGCCAGCAAUCCCUGUCAGCGAGGUUUGUGAACAGGAAGAAGCGAAUCCAUAGGUGAGAUCAUUUUGAUUGGAAGAGUUUCCUGUAAUAUCUAAGAGUAAAUGUACCAUCAAAAUGUAAAAAAUGUUCCAAAAAUGCAAUUCUACAGAUUCUCUUUAAGAUGGCAGUUCUGACAUAUUUUGAACUAAAUAUUAUAUGAACCAUGUUCCUUCAAUGUUAAAACAUUACUUCUGACAUUGAUGUCAGCUUUGCUGCCUUCA